AUGCAUGCCAUCACCAGGCAGCUUGCGGGCUUCUCCGUUCUGCUUGGUCCUCCACUCACGGUGGACUAUGAUCUAGUCAUUGAUUGGAUAGCUCUAGUGCUGCCGCAGACCCCAGGCGUGGAUAGGCUCUAUCAGAUAAGCUACGUCUGUCGUAUCCAGAGCCAGGAGACUGUCUUCGCUAAACAGCAGGAGACGGAAGAAGAGAAGGAACGGGUGCAUCAGAUAGUUCUGAAGUUGAACGUUGGGGGUGCCAGCACGGGACCCUUUAAAGUUGUGCGUCGACAGGGCCUGCGUCAGGGAAUGAAUCAUGCAGAACUACUGGCCGACAAGUACAGUCAACUGGAUGUCUUCUACGGCCUAUUCCUCCAACGCCCUCUCUACGGACAGCUCAGAGUGAACCUCUUUCACACUGAAGGAGUCUGUGGACCCACUUUUACACUCUUUGACUACCCCUUCAGCGUCGUCUUCCCUGUGGAAGCCUUGCAAAGUUUGGAGGGCUGGCACCAACCUGGUGCACCACCAGCUGUGCGAAUAUAUGCCAGCUUCUUCAAAAUUCCAGGUUGCAAUCUGAGACAAAACGGGCGAUCUAGCGCUAUGUUAGCCGCCCUGAGCACAAUGAAUGGCACAGCGGCCCUGGAUAACGAGUUUGCUAUCUUCAUUGGUCCACCCAUGACAGGCGACUGUGGCCUUGUGUCUGAUUGGAUAUCCCUGGGUGACCAGGGUGAUUCGCAAGACUUUGACCUCUAUGAAAUCAGCUAUUUAUGUCGUUGGAACAAUGGAUUUUUCGCCAAUGAGUUGUCAGUCUUAUUGGCCAAAGGUGAAUAUAAGAAUUUUGAAGUCAUCGAUGUGUAUCGGUUGUGGCCGGGGAGAACAAAUUUCUCAGUCUUCAGACUGGAAAAUGAAAUUUAUGACGGUUCUAACGCACCUCUCUAG